AUGUGGGGCCUGCUUCAAGCCUGGGACCGCAUGGAGCCUCCCCGGCUUCCUGGCAUUCUGAUCGACUGGCUGCGGAAGGCUACUCAUGAAGGACUUCACAAGCCUGUGUCUGCACCUGACCGUGGAGUGUGUGGACUGCACCUGCGGAGGAGGUUGGUGCCGCGGGCACAGGCUCCAGCUGCUGGGCAUCGCCUGCAUGGUCAUUCGCACCCGCUGGCGCUGGUGGACAGCAGAGAACAGGGUGACUUCUGCCUGGGGACAGUCAGGAUUCCUGUGGCCACACACAAACUGAAUGCUGGUGGCACUUGGGCCUUUGCAGACAUUUACAACACGUACAAGUAUGAGGACCUGGUGAGAAUGAUGGAUGAGAUCGUCUCCGCCUUGGAAGGGAAGAUUCGAGUCCCCACCGUGGUGGAUUACAAGGAGGUCCUGCUGGCGCUAGUCCCCGUGGAGCUGAGAACCCAGCACCUGUGCAGCUUCCUCUGCGAGCUCUCCCUGCUGCACACCAGCCUGUCCGCCUAUGCCCCAGCCCGCCUGGCUGCCGCAGCCCUGCUUCUGGCUAGACUGACACACAGGCAGACACAGCCCUGGACCACUCAGCUGUGGGACCUCACCGGAUUCUCCUAUGAGGACCUCAUUCCCUGCGUCUUGAGCCUUCAUAAGAAGUGCUUCCAUGAUGACGCCCCCAAGGACUACAGGCAAGUCUCUCUGACCGCCGUGAAGCAGCGAUUUGAGGACAAGCGCUAUGGAGAAAUCAGCCAGGAAAAGGUGCUGAGCUACAGCCAGUUGUGUGCGGCAUUAGGAAUGACACAAGACAGCCCCGACCCCCCGACUUUCCUCAGCACAGGGGAGAUCCACGCCUUCCUCAGCUCUCCCUCGGGGCGGAGAACCAAACGGAAGUGGGAGAACAGCCUCCAGGAGGACAGGGGCAGCUUUGUUACCACCCCCACUGCGGAGCUGUCCAGCCAGGAGGAGACGCUGCUGGGAAGCUUCCUUGACUGGAGCCUGGACUGCUGCUCUGGCUACGAAGGCGACCAGGAGAGCGAGGGCGAGAAGGAGGGCGACGUGACAGCUCCCAGUGGCAUCCUCGAUGUCACCGUGGUCUACCUGAACCCAGAACAGCAUUGCUGCCAGGAAUCCAGUGAUGAGGAGGCUUGCCCAGAGGACGAGAGACCCCAGGACCCACAGGUACCAGCGCUGGAUACCCAGAUCCCUGCAACCCUAGGACCCAAGUCCCUGCUCCGCACCAGCCCGGAGCCAGGGAAAGACGUCACGACCUCAGGCUACUCCUCCGUCAGCACCACGAGUCCCACAAGCUCUGUGGAUGGUGGCUUGGGGGUCCUGCCCCGACCUACCUCAGUGCUGUCCCUGGACAGUGACUCGCACACACAGCCCUGCCACCAUCAGGCCAGGAAGUCAUGUUUACAGUGUCGUCCCCCAAGUCCCCCCGAAAGCAGUGUUCCCCGGCAACAGGUGAAACGGAUAAACCUAUGCAUACACAGUGAGGAGGACACGAACCUGGGCCUUGUGAGGCUGUAAGUGUGUCAGCGCAUUUGCCGCAGUGGAUGUGUACUGAGGGGGCUGGAGGCGAGGGGUGGGAGCACAGCAUAGGAAUGCUGUGUAGAUCCCGGAGGCCUUCGCACAGAGAGCAGAGAGGGUAACUUGUGGCCACCAAGUUUCUUUCUCCGCGGGAGUCCCGUGCAAGCUAUGAGAAUGUUGAAAUGAGAGUGAAGAGGUCAGAUCCCUCUCUUUGGAAAGUUUAGCCUCAAAGCAGUUGGCCGCACUGCAUGGAGGGCACCUCUCUGUCCCUUCCAUGUCUCACUGUCUCUAGAAGCUUCAGCCCAUGUGUGUCCUGGUCUUCCCAGCCCCAACAGAGCCCAGUGCCAGGAGCUGACAGCUUUCACGCUCG